AUGUCAAACUCAUUGUCGCCUCAGAAUCAUUCCCCAGCCACCGACAACCCUUACAUUGAAAGAGUGCAAAAUGUCAUCAACCAAAUGCAGGCCAACUUGGAAACCAUCGGGCCGGACCAUCCAGAUUGGGCAGCCCAACUUGAUGAGCAAUGCAAGGCGUACUAUGCGAAAUGGAGAAUGUCUGGAGACCCGAAUGACGUGGCUGAGGCCGUAAGAGCCGGUCGGGACGCUGCGGAAGCGCUAUCGCCGAACGAUACGAGGAGAGGGGUUGUCUUCAACAAUCUUUCUCUCGCACUUCUAGGGAAUUUCCGGCAUACAAAUAAAGUCGAAGACCUUGACGCUGCGAUGAGUUUUGGAGAGCGCGUAUUGGCAUGCUUCGAACGCGAAAGCCCUUAUUGGCGAAUAGCGAACCACAAUCUCUGUGAGAUAAUGUAUGCGAGAGGGAACUACGACCGGACUGCGCAAAGCAUCGAUUGUGCAAUCGAUUUUAUAAAGAAGGCGGGUGAGCCUGGCGUCAUUGCGGCAUCUUAUGAAACUACCAGGCUUGCGAACUUGGCGUAUCUGAUGAUCCUUCGAUUUGAGGCCACGGGUUCCCUUGAACAUCUUGAGCAAGCCAUAUCCAUGGGAUACGAAUCAAUUGCGAAACUCGACGAAGACUCCAGACUGGACCGAGAGUAUGAUAGCAUUUUAACGGCUUUGAGAUCGCACUUCCAGGUGACCGGGCAUGUAAACAGCCUAGACGAAGCGUUGAGGAUCUCGAGGCUUCUCCUGACCGAGUUGGGCGAUGAACGAUACAACAAAGUGACACAGGCCUACUGUUUGUCAACUCAUGGCUCCAUCCUCGAGUUAAAGAGCCAAAGGUACCGCGAAACGAAUCCGCGCCUGGCCAUGGAGGCUCUCGAAGAGGCGUUAGACGCCGGUCGACGAGCACUUGAUAUCCUUCCUCCCCAAGCAGAAAACGGAGCUCUAAUCCUCAGCCAAGUCUCUUCUUGGAUGGCGUCAAUGGCCAAGAUGUCGCAGAACUCCAAAUGGGCAGAUGACGGUAUUGAUCUAUUGAAACGUGCCCUCGAGUCAAACACCGGCUUCGUGAUUAGCGAUUCGAACCUGCUUGCGAAUCUCUCACAUUUGUGGGAGAUCAAGCACAACCUUCUUCGCGGCGGAGGAGCAGAUCAGGAUCAUCUUCAUGUUCUCGACACGGCUAUUGAGUUGGGGGAGAAGGCCUUAUCAGACACUGAGAACAGCAGUUGGUACCUUGGGGAGCGACGCAAAAAUAUUGCUUCAAUGCUUCUAACCAGGUACAAUAUUGUCGAGGACCCGAAAAUGCUCCCACAAAUCGUCGACAUGUUCACCAAGGCGGCAGAAACAGAGACUGCACCACUGUUGAUUCGAAUCAUGUCAGCCCUUCAAGCGGGUUUUCUGCACUGGGAAGACGGACAUAUGGAACAGGCCAAUGAGGUGUUGCAAAACGCCAUUGGGCUUUUGACUCCCAGCAGACUGCAAGCGGCGUCAGCAGAAGAUCUGCAGCAAACUUUGCGCGAGGUCCCCGGCCUUGGGAGUCUCGCUGCAUCUGUUUCUUUAGCUCUUGGCCGUCCUCUUUGGGAGGCGGUCCAGUCUCUGGAGUCUGCAAACUGCGUUGUAUCGGGGCUCACGAUGAGUUCAAGGAUUGAUAUUUCUGAACUGGAGAGGCAGCAUCCAGAGCUCGCAAGUAUGUAUCACGAUAUCAAGGUUCGAGUUUCCCAAGCGACGCGUCAGCUCAAAGUAGCUGGCAAUUUUCAAAGAGCCAGGACUCUUCAACAGUCUCUUCUUGAAGAAAUGGCCCAACUGGAAGAAACGAUCAGGCAGUUAAAAGGAUUCGAGCAGUUCCAACUACCGCUGAACGCCGACCAGAUACUUCAGCUUGCAAGCGAUGGACCGAUUGUAAUCAUAAAUGUGUCGAAAAUCCGCAGCGACGCCAUAAUUAUAACGAGGAAUGGCAUCCAAUCUCUGCAUCUGCAGAGUAUGACGCAUGAGUCUCUUCAAAAACACAUUGCUGUGUUUGACAGAAUGGGGAACAUAUCUCGAAGAAAUGCGGUUUCGAUACCCCUAGGCCCGACAGAAACGGAUACUACACCUACAAGCGGCCUCCGUUGGCUCUGGGAUAUUGCAGUGCGUCCGAUUUUAGACGUCACAGAACUCACUCAGUCAGGUCGUUUGUGGUGGAUUACGAGUGGUUUGGCAGGAAAAGCGCCUUUUCAUGCAGCAGGCAAUUACGGCAGUGAUGCAAACGAAAACGUGACAAGUCGAACCACGUCUUCUUACAUUUCAUCACUCAAGGCUCUGAAGUAUGGCCGAGAAAGGCCGCCUAUGUCUUCCACUGAGCAAAGUAUGCUUCUAGUCACCAUGUCUACUAAUCCGGCUCCCCAUCGCCAUCUCAACACCAGAUAUGAGGAAGAGGCCAUUCAUGCAGUUUUUGGCAAAAGCAAGAUGCUUCACCUGGCUCACCCCGACCCGCAAACUGUUCUCGAAGAAAUACCCCGGUUUUCUUUUGCGCAUUUCGCGUGCCAUGGCGCAUCAAUCGAUAGAGACCCCAACAAAAGCGGGCUUCUUCUUGUAAAGGAUGGCAAGCCCGCUGAUCUGACGAUAGCCGAUCUUGGAGAGGUUGAUCUCAAAGAGGGGUUUGUUGCCUACCUUUCAGCCUGCUCAACAGCCGAGCAGACAGACGGUAAGCUUGCGGGCGAAGCUAUCCACCUGGCCAACUCCUUCCAGGCACUUGGCUUUCAGCAUGUCAUCGGAACUAUGUGGGGAGCCGACGAUGCUGCAGCUGGGGAAGUUGCGAGAAGGUUCUACACAAAGCUUGGCAUCUUUGAGGGGUCUGUUGCAAAUGGCCGUCAGGUCAACGUUGCAAAACCGCUCCAUGAGGCUGUCAGCGAGUACAGACUUGCUUGUGGGGAACAGGCGAACGUCUUGAAAUGGGCGCCCUUUAUUCAUGUCGGUAUUUGA